CGGAGCUCUUCGACCUCGCCCGACACGAGGCGAUGUCGACCUUCGGCCAGGUCUUCCGCGUGACGACCUUUGGCGAGUCGCACUGCAAGGGCGUCGGCGCGAUCGUCGACGGCUGCCCGCCGUGCCUCGCGCUGACCGAGGCGGACAUCCAGCCUCAGCUGACGCGCCGACGGCCGGGCCAGUCGCGCCUGACCACGCCGCGUGCCGAGAAGGACCUCGUCCAGAUCCUGUCGGGCACCGAGCACGGGCACACGCUGGGCACGCCGAUCGGCCUGUUUGUGCCAAACGAGGACCAGCGGCCGGGCGACUACAAGGAGAUGAGCGACAUCCCGCGGCCGGGCCACGCCGACUUCACCUACCUCAUCAAGUACGGCAACAAGGCCUCCUCGGGCGGCGGCCGCUCGUCCGCGCGCGAGACGAUCGGCCGCGUCGCGGCGGGCGCAAUCGCCGAAAAGUGGCUGCGCGGGACGUAUGGGACGGAGAUUAGCUGCUGGGUCUCGUCGAUCGGGGACGUCUCGCUGCCGGAGUCGGCCGUCCCUCGCGGCGAGGGCGGCUGCCUCGUCGGCUGGACGCGCGCACAGGUGGACGAGUAUGGCACGCUGCGCAUGCUUCGAGACCCGGCGACCUUCCAUCGCGUUGGGGAGGCCGAGGUCGCGGACGCCGACGAGCGGCGCAAGGCGAACAUCGACGCCGAGGUUGCGGCGGAGGACGCCUUCCUCAAGCUUGUCAAGGUCGAGAAGGACUCCAUCGGCGGGGCGGUGGCGUGCGUCUGCACCGGCGUGCCGGCCGCGCUGGGCGAGCCGGUCUUCGACCGGCUGGAGGCCAAGAUGGCGCACGCGAUGAUGUCGCUCCCGGCCACCAAGGGCUUCGAGAUCGGCUCCGGCUUUGGCGGCACCGUCAUGCGAGGCUCCACACACAACGACCCCUUCGUGGCCAACCCGGUCGGCGGCAGGCCCGGCGACAGCGGGCGGCCCGCGCUCGGCGUCUCGUCCAACUACGCGGGCGGUACGCUCGGAGGCAUCUCGUCGGGAGCGCCCGUCUACUUCAAGAUCGCCGUCAAGUCGGUGUCCACCAUCGGACAGGCGCAGCAGACCUCGCGGCUCACCGGCGAGGCAAUCACCCUCGAGGCAAAGGGGCGGCAUGAUCCGUGCGUGCUGCCUCGCACUCCGCCGCUAGUCGAGGGCAUGGCCGCGCUCGUCCUCAUCGACGCGGCGCUGCUGCAGCGGACGCGGCUGGGCGGGGCCUGCACCACCGUGUGCGACGGCACGCGCAACUUUGACCCGGCGAACCCGUGGGGCGACGCGGCCAACGGCGCCGCCAACGGCGCCGCCAACGGCGCGCCGGCGGCGAAGAAGGCGCGCAAGUGAGGGGCGCAGGGGAGGGCGCGGAGGUCCUGCGGCCUCUUUUGCGACGGCCGCGCCUCCAGCCGUGCCGCACGCGUGGAGAAGGGAGGACGCACGCGGCGCCGGCGGGGAAGGCGGCGUUGCGCGCGAGGUCGGAUCCUUCUCUCGCGCCUUCGCAUUUCGGUACUCUCGGCCCCGCGCGUUGUUUCUCUUCUCCGCGCGACCCGUGGGGCACCAUGGGCACACACCGCUGAUUGAUUUAUAUUACGGCUUUAGAGUAUAUGGCAUUUGUGCAAUGCUCGUUCGUGCUUCUAAGUUACUUUUCAAGAGAAGUUCUAUCUGCA